UAAAGUCUCUUAAAGUCAUGGUACACAAGAAGAGAUCAAAUACACAAGAAGCAUCAGAAGAAAGUUUAAAAAAAGCAAAACCAUCUGAGGGCUGUGAGGAGGCUAAGCUCAAAGAUGCUGCUGAUCCAGAGAAACCAGCAGAAACAAUGGACAGUGUUACAGGCCGACAUGUAGCACCAACAUCUCCGCAAAAAUCUGAUUCAGAAACUCCAGUGUCUCGGCUGCCUUCUCACAGCCCUCCUUCUGGGGUAACGGGAACAUGCCCCAUGAGCUUUGGCGAGACAAAUGUCCUUGAAACCUCCUUGGAAACGUGUUCCCCUCCAGUAUCAGAAUCACCUGAGGCCGCUCCAACAUCAGUGAAAAAGAAAGACAUCGCAGGCAGUAAGAGAAAGAAAAAGAAAGACUCCAGCACUAACAACUCAGGCAGUAAGAGAAAUAGAAAUGAGGGAGACUCCAGCACUGACUGCUCACACAGAGAGAUAAAAAGAGCUCCACCAACAACCCAAGAGAAUGUGACAAACCAGAAUAAUGACGUGUGGGUUUUCCUCAACAUCAAAAAUAAGAAUGAAGUCGCUACUAUAGAUAUUUCUAAUAAAAACAUAUUAGAAUAUAUAAAAAAAAAUUAUAUUGAUAAUAAAAAGACAAAACAAGAAGAAACAUUAAAUACUGAAAAAAAAGAAGAUUUUUUACAAAUGAUUAUAAAAAAUACACUUAUUAAAAAUAAAUUUAAAGAGUUAAUGGAUAAUAAAGACAGGCAACAGGCUAUUGCUAUUUUCAAAAGGACAAAUAAUGAGAUUAAAGUAAUAGGCCCUAUUAUGUCACAGAGAAAUGAAAGGAAACACAGUGAGGAUUUAAUUAUUGAUGAAAUGAACAUGUUUGUAAAGAAAAAUAAUGACGUAUCUGAAAUUUGGAUAUACACAGUUAAUAAUCAGUGUUACGGGAGAAAAAAACACACUCCCUGCAUGUAUGAUUUAAUCCAGUUUUCAAAAGCACAUGAACAUAUUAAUAUAUAUGUUGGCUUUUCCCAAUAUUACGUCUUUAUUAAAAAAACGUGUAAUUUUUUUAAGAAUUUGGAAGAUUCAGCCCAGAAGUGUAAAGAUGUGGAUCAGGCAGGAUCAGAAACAUUAGAAGAGCUUCAGUCCACACUAAGAGGGGAAAUAAAAGAGAACUACGAGGAAGAUUUAGAGAAGAUUAAACCUGCGAACAGUCAGUGCACAGAUGAAAAUUUCAAUCGCGGUGUUGUUCUAGGCUUCUUACCAGUCAUUGAGGGCCUUUCGAUUCUGGAGUUUUUCAAGGUGGAUUUUGAGGAAUUAUUGGAAUGCUUAAACUUUGCCAAUGAAGAAUAACAGGGGAGGAAUUGGACAUGACUAAAUUAGGAAGAAAUAAAUUUCACAACUAAAUUAGGGAAAAAAUUGGGGGAAAAAUAAAAAAAUAAUAAAAAAAUAAAACUGA